UGGCAUGCUUCGUUUCAACUCUUUGGGUCCACAGGGCCAGGGCUGAUAUGAGUGAUUUCUCAUGCCCUGGCGACAACAACACCCUGCAAUAUUUCACUGCCGCCCCAGCUGGGCGCGAGUUGUAUAUCAUUCGAUGCAACGCGGGCAUGCUUUCGUAUCUGGACGAUAAUGGCGACGUCACGCAAUCUGGUGUGACUAGAUCACAAUGCCUGAUUCUGUGCCAUGUGGAUCCGUACUGCCUCGCGUGGAACUUUCUACCUUCCGACCCAGAUGCGCCUGAUGUUGGCACGAACAUUGGUGACUGCUUCGGCUGGACUGUGCUAGACUCUGAGCCUGACGAACCCAAUGAACGACUGCCCAUAUCCUUCACGGAGGAUCCAGACGAUGGUGCAAACAAUGUUGCAAUCAUCAAAGCUCCUUAUUGGGCUGGAUAUAAUGAGAUCUACUACGCGCCCCCUCGAGUCCAAUACAUCACCACCAUAUUCAUCACCCGCACGAGUCUCACCGCGUUCCCGUUCACAAGUAUCUCUGUCGGAACUCGUUCGGCUACCGUCACCUCGGCGAUCACCCAAACGGCCACAGUCUCGACAACCUUGCCGGACCAGACAGCGGUUUCCCUUUCCUUGCGGGUCGUGCCCACUACUUUCGUGUCGCUACAAGUCUUCACCACUACCAUUGUUCAGAUCACGACACAGCAAGUGGUGACUGUGGUACCGACUGUAGUGACGACGACCGUUGUUGGAACAGCGUUGAGCACUCUUGCGCUGCAGAACACGAUCAUCAAUACCCAAUUCCCAAUCGCCACCGUUAGAUCAACGGUACAAUACCAGCAGACUGUGACAGUCACCGUAUGAGACGCAAGAACGGUACCUUGAAGGCACGACGGCAUUUCAGAUUGUCGAAUGACACUGCACGGUGCCUUUCUUUCAGUCAAAUAUUGGAUGGAGGCGCCAUGACCGCCCGGAAUCUAUGGACGAGCAAGAUCAACGAUUGUGUCGGUCAUGGAAAGAACUACAUCGAAGCUUAUGACGCAGUAUUCCAGAUUCGACAUUAUGAUGAUGGCCUACAGUCGGAUUAAUGGAACAUGGCCCUUAAUACAAGCUACGUAUAAGAUUGUUGCUCAGUGUGGGGCGGUCCAAGGUAUGACGAGUGUAAAAGUCGAAACACGGAUAGGGCAUAUUCCUUUAUAGCAUUACUUGAGUGGUCUGGCGAUAUGCGACUUCUGCCCGUACUAGAAUGCGUCGAACUUCAACUUGCAGCAUGGAAC